UGGCUGGCCGGUAGGCGAGCAGCCAAGCGGGCUAUCGGGCGACUUUCUUGUUCCGAGGACGGUGCUCCUGGUCGCGCCGUCUCUCUUUCCUACCUCCAUUACGCUUACUCUUCCUCUCUCUCCCCCUUGCCUCCCCGCCGCCACGUCUCGGUCAACUCAAUCGCGCUCCUCUCCCUUUCUCCCUCCCUCCCGCUCUGCCUCUCUCUCGCUCUCGCGUGCGCGCGCGCGCGCGCGCUCAUGCCGCACGUACCGUUGAGAGUCUCUCCCUUCCCCUACCGCGCUCUUUCUCUGCCCCUCUAUCCCCUCUCCCCUCCUUACCUCGAACGGAUCGGGCGAGUCCACUAGGCUUGCGAGGGGUGUCGGGCAGACCUCGUCUCUAGUCGGCCUCGAUCCGCAGAGUGCGUUAGACGCCGCGAGUCGAUCGCUCCGGUGCGCGUACGUUCGCGAGCAGUGGCAUACGUGAGUACGUCGUGGGGCCCGCGGAUGCCAUUGCGCGUUACCUGCGCAUAGCCGCGGCCCGCGGCAGCCCGUAUUGCGGCCGAUCUACCCGUUCAGCCUGGGACGCACUCGAUCAGCGUAUAUCCGUACGACGGCCAUGUUUGGUGUUUACGACGUGAGGGGGAGUCGCUGACGUCACGUACGAGCGAGCGAGCCGAACUCGCCCGAACGGCUACGGGCGACGGACGACGGGCGGCAGCAGCGACAGGCAGAAACAGCGACGACGACCGACAGCGAGGAGGAAAAACGUGCCGCGCCACGCCGGUAGCCCAUCACCACCACCGCCGCCGAUACGCGCGCGCUCGCGCACUGCGACGUUACGUCUCGCAGUCGUCGAAUAAGAGCGUCGACGGAGAAGCGCGCGACAGAGGGUCGCGCGUUUGUGUCGCGUGCGUGUACGAAACUGGAAUCGCCCGCCGCGCGCCGCCGUCCGGCGCCUCUUUUCCCGAUGGGACGCGCGAACACGCUCGCCGCCGCUACUGGCUUUUCAAAAAACAUCGCGCGCAUCUCCGCCUCCGCUCCCUCCGUCGCGCCGCUGGCGUUCCGCCCGUAGAGCGGUCGCUUCGCGGGGGAAAAAAAGGGAAAAAAGGAGCGGGAAUCGGGCGAUGUCGCGCGGCGCGAGUUGACUACGCGUCGCGACUGACAACGCGUGUCACGACGAUGCGCGACGCGGCCUCGCGAGCGAACUGACUCCGAGACACGGCCGCUGUGUAGGCACGACCGCCGCCACGUGGUAAUCGGCGCGCGUGUCAACACGCGUUUCCCGGCUGCACGCAGCGCGAGCCGGGGCCGACGAUCUAGCUCUUUCGCGCGUACGCCGCGACGCACGUGCCCGCGGUGAUCGCUGCCGAAGUCACGUGCGUGCGCGCGUGUCCGUGAUCGAUCCGCCCGUCGCCGGUGCGUCCACAUAUGGUGUUUCGCGGGGCUCCGCGCGCGACACGCAGACACAAGCCGCACGGGGAUCGUCCAGGGCGUCGGGAUUGAAAUUCGGCCGCCACCUGACCGCUGCGCCGAGUCAUGGAGCUGGGCGACAGGGUCUACGCCGCGGAGCGGAUCACGAAGAAGAGGGAAAAGCGGGGCAAGAUCGAGUACUUUGUCAAGUGGAAAGGAUGGAGCAAGAAAUAUAACACAUGGGAGCCGGAAGAGAACAUUUUGGACGUCAGAUUAAUCGAAUUGUACGAGGAAAGCCAAAAGAAUGCAGAAGUAGUAGUGCCCACCACCAGAAGGCCGAGGCGAUCUAGAUACAACGAACAACUGUCUAAUCUUGUUGUCGAUGAGGAGCCCGGCGGAGACGAAAGGGUGGGCGAGGACAGUCAGGAUGAGUCGACGACGGGCAGCACUUCAGGGUCCCGUUUAAAUCCAGUGGCCCCUGACGAGGACACAUUCCCAAGUUCCUUAGACAGCCAUGCGUCUCCGAUACCGUCGGAAGCGGUAUCGGAGACACCUGGCAGCGUCGAUUCCGAGAGUUCGAACAGCAGUACGGAUAUUCCGCUAAUGCCUAGGAAAGAACGUAUGAAAAGGAAGGCUGAAGUCCUUAGCCAAUCCGGCAAGAUCGGCGUGACAAUUACCACGAGCAGUCCCAGCAGUGGCAGUGCUAGCCCACCUCCGAGCAAACUUCCUCGGUUAUUGCCUUUGAAGAACAACCCCACAAAUCCGUCUUAUCACAGUCACAAAGCCAAUGGUCAAAAUCAAAGAAGGCCGUCGUCUUCCAAUAACGUGAAGUCGACACCGGAGGAGCCUCUGCCGGCAGUGCCGACGACACCAGCACCGGCGGUACAAGACAAAAAGCGUCCCGAAGCUGAUAUGCCCCCUGGUCCGCCACCCUCUCUUCCGCUUGCACCACCGGCACCGCUGUCUCCUGAGAUAGACACACCUUUGGAGCAGGUUGCAACGAAGAAGAGGCAGUUAUCGGAACAAAAACAGGACAAAUCGAACGCAGUCGCUACCGAGAAAGCCAACGGUCACAAAUCACCUAGCCCUACGGACUCUUACACCAAUAACAAUAGGUUACCCACUGUCGUGAACGGACACCACAGUCCUACCAAUAACAAUAAUAACAAUAACAACAAUAACAACAACAACAAUAAUAAUAAUAGUUCAAACGUCAAGCAGACCGAGAUUCCAAAAUCAGAUAUUUACGUGACAAAUCCCGGCACGGAUUAUUGGCACGCAAGGAAUCCCGUGGCGGAUCAAGUGUUUAUCACAGACGUUACCGUUAAUCUCAAGACCGUUACCAUCAGGGAAUGCAAGACUGAAAAGGGUUUCUUUCGCGAGAGAGAUCCUAAAGAGACCCUUUGAGCUUCAAGAACGAUAGCCA